AGCGGGGUCCUUGCGUUUGUCCAAUAUGGCGGCGCCCAGUGGCGGUGUGAACUGUGAGGAGUUCGCCGAGUUCCAGGAAUUGCUCAAGGUGAUGAGGACAAUUGAUGACAGAAUAGUACAUGAAUUAAACACUACGGUUCCAACAGCUUCCUUUGCAGGGAAAAUUGAUGCCAGCCAAACCUGUAAACAGCUUUACGAGUCUUUGAUGUCAGCUCAUGCCAGUAGGGACAGAGUCAUAAAAAAUUGUAUAGCCCAGACCUCAGCAGUAGUAAAACACCUCCGAGAAGAGAGAGAAAAGAAUUUGGACGAUUUAACGUUAUUAAAGCAACUUAGAAAAGAGCAGACAAAGUUGAAAUGGAUGCAGUCAGAACUGAAUGUUGAAGAAGUGGUAAAUGACAGGAGCUGGAAGGUGUUUAAUGAGCGCUGCCGAAUUCACUUCAAGCCUCCAAAGCAUGAAUAAAGAAAGAUAUUUUUAUUAAAAGGACCGGGUCAUCUCGUAAGAGCUAAGCAUGACAGACAUCAACAGGGUGGGCUUCCUAGGAAGAUUUCUGAGCCAACAGUCCAAGACCUUUUGUUGAUUUCAGCCCCACUUAGCCAAGACCUCAAGUAUAAAUAAUUCUGAUAAUUAUGGAGAAAUCAACUGCUAUUUUAUACUGAUUCUGUAAAAAAAAAAAAGUUUUGUAACUAUUAAAAUAAUUUUCUGA